AAUCAUAGUUAAAACCCUUCUUAAAUCUUAUCUGAAGAUUCCAAGCUUACAAAAGCUUCUUCAUCUUCUUUUAAUAACUAUCUAUUGACCUAUAUAUACAAACAGGGCAUAAGCCAUUUUUCAUUCUUCACACUUCAUUCCUACUGCUCUCAUUCCAAUAUUACAAAACCCAAACUACCCAUCUCUCUUACCAUCUUCUAAGACUAAACAAUGUCUAUGGUGGAGGUGAGAGUUCCAAACCUUGACUGCGAAGGUUGCUCUGCAAAGAUAAAGAAAGCUCUCUUCAAGCUUGAAGGAGUGGAAGAGGUAGAGGUAGAGAUGGAGACACAAAAAAUUACAGUGAGAGGUUAUGGAGUGGAGGAGAAGAAGGUGCUCAAGGCUCUGAAACGAGCAGGGAAAGCAGCAGAGCCAUGGCCAUUUCCUAGUUAUUCUCACUACGCCUCAUUUUACAAGUACCCAACCCACAUUGCCAACCACUACUACGAAUCCCCUAGUAAUGGAGGUUCUGCUAGUGUCCAUACAUUCUUUCAUACUCCUUCCACCUAUUCAAUGGCGAUUGCUUCAGAUGAAGCCGUAGCUUCCCUCUUCAGUGAUGAAAACCCCCACGCUUGCACAAUUAUGUGAUCAUUUUUUUUUCUUCCGAAAUGGGCAUUUUUUGAGUUACAAGGCUAUGCAGAAGUUCCUUCAUUGAAUCUAUCUUAUAUUUACAUUUUCUUUUUUGGUACUCAAUAUUUACUCUGUUUUGAUCUGUGUGCUAUAGCUUUACGGUUUACCAAAACAUAUAUGCACAUUGUGAUGAUUCUGUAAGAAAAUUGAUUUAUUUACAUAAAAUAAUACAUAUAAUUUUUUAUUUUUUA